AUGCGUUUUAAACAUAUUUCAGCAACCAUGGAGUCAGAAUCCAAGCUGACCGCAGGCUACCAGAUCCCCCAUCCUCCACCUGGAGAUGAAGUCUGCAUCACCGGCCUCUCUGGUUCAUUUCCAGACUCUGACUCAGUAUUUCAUUUAAAGGAAAAUCUAUUCAACAAGGUCGACCUCGUAUCAGGAGAUAGUCGCCGCUGGAAAAUGAUUCACCCUGACAUCCCUCAGCGUACUGGCAAGAUAAACAAUCUGGAUAAAUUUGACGCCUCCUAUUUUGGCCUUAACUACAAAGAGGCACAUACUAUGGACCCCGCGUCGAGGAUCAUUUUAGAAAGGACGUAUGAAGCUAUCAUCGACGCUGGAUUCAAUCCAGAGGAGCUACGGAAUACCAAGACUGGUGUGUUCGUUGGUUGCUCAAUUUCAGAGUCUGAGAAAGCUUGGUUUUAUGACAAAAUGCAUGUAAACAAUUAUGGAAUCACAGGCUGCUCUUUAUCCAUGAUAGCUAACUGCAUCUCUAUCUGGCUUGGGGUUCAGGGGCCAUCUUUUAGCUUGGACACAGCUUGUUCCAGUUCUCUUUACGCUUUCGAACUUGCCUUCAAAGCCAUACGUAGUGGCAAAUGUGACGCAGCUAUUGUUGGAGGAGCAAACUUGUGUCUUCAUCCUUAUAUGUCGUUUCAGUUUGCUAGGCUAGGUGUACUAUCGCCUGAUGGAAGAUGCAAGGGUUUCGAUAAUAGUGGAAAUGGUUAUGCCCGUUCUGAAACUGUUGGUGUUUGCUUUUUACAGAAAGCAAAGGAUUCAAGAAAAGUAUAUGCCCAAGUAAUCCACGCGAAGACUAACUGUGAUGGGUACAAGGAACAAGGCAUCAGUUACCCUUCUGGUGAUAUGCAGAAGGUUCUUCUCGGAGAAAUAUAUGAAGAGUGCGGCAUUCUACCGACUUCAGUCGAGUAUAUAGAGGCACACGGAACAGGUACCAAAGUAGGAGACCAAGAAGAACUUCAAGCCAUAGAGGACGUUAUGUGCACUGGGCGUUCCGAACCUUUACUUAUUGGCUCUGUUAAAUCUAAUUUGGGUCACAGUGAACCGGGUUCUGGUAUUUGCGCUAUCGCGAAGCUCUGCAUCGCAUAUUCGACUGGAUAUAUUCCUCCAAACAUGCACUAUAAAGUUCCUAGGAAAGGAAUAGCCGCUUUGGUGGACGGAAGAUUAAAAGUUGUGACGAAGGCGCAGCCGUGGGGUAGAGGAUUGUCUUGUAUCAACAAUUUUGGUUUUGGAGGAGCUAAUGCUCACGUGAUAUUCAAGAAUUACGAGAAAACAAAGGUUAACAAUGGAUUACCAUCAGAUGAUUUACCGAGAUUAGUCUGCGUAUCAGGUCGCGUCUAUUCAUCAGUGGCUAGAAUGCUAGAUGACAUGGAGUCUAGAACGGUUGAUAUUGAACUUAUUAGACUUUUACACGAAAUACACAAAAACAAUAUCAAGGGCCAUUUUUACAGAGGAUAUACACUUUUAGGUUCCACCCCAACAAAAAGCGUGUCUUUAGCUCGAAGUACUCAAUACUUUCCAGGCAUCCGCAGACCGGUAUGUUUUGUAUACUCGGGUAUUGUUCAAGAGAAUCAAUGGGCAAAAAUUGCUUCAGAGCUCACGAGGAAGUUCCCUGUUUUUGCUUCUGCUAUUGAGAGAUGCCACGAAACAUUAAGGCCUAAGGGCAUAAAUCUGAAACAGAUCAUAAGUAAACCUGACUCUAAGGCAUACAACAAUGUCCUUAACUCUUUCAUCGGUACCGCUGUUGUCCAGAUCGGUCUGACGGAUAUCUUAAAGGCUCUUAGGAUUGAUCCAGACUUUAUUUUAGGCGACAGUGUAGGUGAAUUAGGUUGUGUAUAUGUAGAUGGCUGUUUGACAAUUGAGCAGAUGAUCCUGGCGGCUUAUAAUUUGGGUUUGAAAGCUAUGGAAAACCCAUUCAUCAAGGGAUCUAUGGCGACUCCCACAGUCGACAGUCUUGGAUGUAACGGCACUGCUCAUGCCGGAUCAGCUAUCGUUGUUAGGAAAAGCUUAAAACACAACCUGCUAGCUCCUUGCGAUAAAGAAUACCUACAGGCUGCGUCCGUCAUGGUGAACACUCGCACUGGACUCAUUGCCCUCUCAGCAGUAUACUGUCCGCCAAAGCACAAAAUAAGCGAAGCCAACUUCACAGACUUCUUCAAAACGCUUGGCAAUCGCUUCAUUGCGGGCGGUGAUUGGAACGCUAAGCACAUUUAUUGGGGAUCGAGAUUGACUACAUCCCGAGGCCGCAGUCUUAAAGAAUGUCUGCAUUCCAACCAUCUUCUUACACUAUCGACAGGUAGUCCUACCUACUGGCCUACUGAUCCGGAGAAGACGCCUGACUUACUAGACUUCUUCAUAACCAAAAACGUCUGUCCCCAAUACACAUCAGUGGAGUCAAGCCUUGAUGGCUCGUCUGAUCACUCGCCUAUUAUUCUGAGGAUUAGCUCAAUAAUUCCAACCUCUGAUCGUGGAUGUGAAUCUCUUCACAACUUCAAAACCGAUUGGUACGGCUUUCGUGACCUCUUGAACGAGGAAAUCAACCUUCACUUUCCCAUGUCAUCGGUUAAUGAAUUGGAAGACGCCAGCCUCUAUUUCACAAACUUGGUCCAGGUGGCUGCGUGGAAAAAUACACCAGAGCUUUGUACGGAGAGCUUUUCUCCAACAUUACCAAUGGUCAUAAGGCACAAAAUCGAAGAGAAACGCAGAUUGCGCAGAGUCUGGCAACUCUCGCGUCACCCCUCUGACAAAUCGGCUCUCAAUCGAGCAAUUAAAGAGUUGAAGGGUCUGCUGAGAGCUUCUGCUAAUGAGACAGUGCGACAAACAUUAGAGCUUAUGUCACCUUUGGGCCGGGGCGAACGUUCCCUGUGGAAAGCAACAAAAAACUUAAACAAAAUGCAAAUUCCGAUUCCCCCUAUCCGAAAUAGAAAUACCUGGGCACGUACAGACAUAGAAAAAGCUGACGCUUUUGGCACUUAUUUAGCCGCAAUAUUUAAACCCAAUGAAGCAAAAGGCGAUGAGGAUCCGCAUAUAGAUUUAAUCCUGAAUCAAGAUUUUCAACUCAGUGUUCCGCCCUCACCAACAUCACCCAGUGAAGUAUUGAGAGAAAUAAAAAACAUGAAUGCCAAAAAAGCGCCUGGUUUCGAUCUCAUAACGCCAAAGCUCUUGAAGGAAUUACCAAAAAAAUGCGUGGUGUUUUUAACUAAUCUCUUUAACGCCACAUUGAGACUUUCUCACUUUCCCAACGUCUGGAAGGUCUCGCAAAUAAUUAUGAUCCACAAGCCCGGAAAACCAACUCAUGAACCAUCUUCAUACCGGCCCAUCAGUCUGACUCCCGUCCUGUCAAAGCUGUGGGAGAAAAUAUUUAUCGCUAGACUUUCCAAAUGUAUCAACGAACGUGAUAUCAUACCGCAACAUCAAUUUGGUUUCCGAAAACAUCAUUCAACCGUGGAACAGGUUCACAGAGUCUAUGAUUCCAUUCGCCACUGCCUGGAAACCAAACAGUAUUGCUCUGCAGCAUUUUUGGACAUUCAGCAGGCCUUCGACAAGGUUUGGCACAAAGGAUUGCUUUAUAAAAUCAAGAAGCUUCUACCACAUCCUAUAUAUUCCACUAUAAGGUCUUACGUGGAAAAUAGAGUUUUCUUUGUUAAACAGGGUGAAGCUAGAUCUGGCUUAUUCAAGUGUCUUGCCGGAGUGCCCCAGGGCUCAGUCCUCGGACCGGUCUUGUAUAACAUCUUCACCCACGAUCUACCACAGUCAGCGGACGUCACUAUUGCUACCUACGCUGAUGAUGCUGCCUUCCUUUCAUCUUCUGUGGACCCAAUAAGAGCAACCGCAAAACUCCAAAGGAAACUAAAUGACACUCACGCUUGGCUUAACAAAUGGCGAAUGAAAGCUAGUGCCCCCAAAUCUUUUCACAUCACUUUCUCACUACGGCAGGGUGAUUGCCCACCGGUGAUUCCAGAAUUAAAACUUCGUCCAGAGCGUCGGGUUUCUCCAGAUAACCUGACAUCUUUAUCAAGAAACCAUCAUGCUAAAGUCUCAUCAGCUGAUUUUCAUAAAAAUUACAUAAGUUCAGUGUCCUUCGAAGAGAGUGUUCGUUUGAUCCCUGCCAACGCAAUUGCUAUAGAGAUCGGACCAGACGGUAUCUUACAGGAUCUUUUAAACUGUUUAGCCAAAAAGAAUGUUAUCCACAUCCCUUUGACGAAUAGAACACAUCCAGAUAUCGUGCAAGUUCUUUUCACAGCCUUGGGAAAACUGUACGAAGCUGGUUUGAAUCCGCAUCUUGCCAACGUCUAUCCGGUUGUGGAGUUUCCCGUUUCGCAAGGAACACCUAUGCUUGCUCAUCUCGUCGAAUGGCAGCACAACGAAGAUUGGAGUGUGGUUUCAUAUAAAAUUAUAAAUGAAAUAUUGUUGAAUGAAAGGACGGUAAAGAUAUCCAUAGCUGAUGAAGAAAAUACAUAUAUGCUUGGCCACGUGAUAGAUGGUCGCAAUCUUUUUCCUGCAACCGGUUACCUAGUGAUGGUUUGGGAAACGCUGGGUAUGAUAAUGGGAGAGUUGUACACAGAAUUGUCUGUUGUAUUUGAAGAUGUGCGGUUUCAUAGAUCUACAAAUAUUCACAAAAGUGGGCAGUUGGAGUUUAUCGUUUCGAUUCAAAUAGGAAGUGGAAGCUUUGAGAUUGUAGAAAGCAGGACGUCUAUUGUUACUGGACGUAUCAGAGUUAAAGAGAAUGUUGGACAGGAGUUUCGCUUGAUUCCAACCGAACCUGAAUCAACAGGUCCAAAUAUUAAACACAUGCUUUCAAAAGAUUUUUACAAAGAGACACGGUUAAGAGGUUACCAAUACAGCGGUCUCUUCCGAGGAGUCCUAGGUUGUAAUGUGGAAGGCACUCGUGGCCGUUUGGCCUGGAUCAACGAGUGGGUCACGUUUUUAGACUGCAUGCUGCAAAUGAGGAUUAUAGGAAAUGAUACACGAGGACUCUAUGUUCCUACCAGGAUUGAAAAGUUAUCCAUCGAUGUGAAAAUGCAUAACGAUGCCGUCACUAAAAUGAACCAAGAAUACUUAAGACAUUCAUUUGAAGUUAGGGUCUAUCCUUAUGCAGAUGUUAUACGGGCUGGCGGGGUAGAAAUUCGAGGACUACAUACAACUCCGAUACAAAAGAAAGUUUCUCUUAUCACUCCAGUGUUGGAGAAAAACAUAUUUAUACCUAACUUCGGAAAGUCAACGAUGAGGAUUGAAGACAUUUUAAGAAGCAAUAUUCAGCUUAUUCUUGAAAACAUACAUACUUACAAAGUAAAAAGUAUUGAAAUUAUUGAUGAUGAGUACACGACUAAAGGACUUGAACCAAUAAUGAAUAAAGUGGCCGACGUACUAAACGAUCUGCCGCUAAUACAAGCUGACCUAUAUGUUAAAUCUAAGAAUCCUAUUGAAAUGCCAUCGUAUGUUAACGUAUUGAAAAGCCAGCUCAGUGGACAAACUAAUACUGUUUUACUUAUCGGUGCUAAUUUGCUGGAGAGACCUCAAAUAUUAAAAGAAGCUUUAUUGAGUCUUCGUAAUGAAGGCUUUAUUGUAAGCCGAGAAAUAAGACCCAUAAAUCCGAAAGACUACUCUAAUGAAUACGACAUUAUUGGUAUACAAAACACCGGCUCCGAAUAUAUUGUACUCCUUCGAAAAAGAAUUGGUUCCAAACCAACCAAUUUUAUUAAAAUAGUUACAAGUGAUGAAACGUACAAAUGGAUUGACAAAGUUAAAGAAGGACUUACAGUUGGACAAAAACUUGUCAUAUAUAGUCAAGAUGACCAAGCAAAUGGAUUAUUGGGUUUGGUCAAUUGCUUGAGAAGGGAACCUGAUGGAGAAAAAAUCCGUGGUUUGCUGAUUGCAGAUCCUAAUGCACCACCAUUUAAUCCAGAUUUAGAAUUUUAUAAAAAUCAGUUGGAUAUGGAUUUAGCUAUAAAUGUAUAUUAUGAAGGACAUUGGGGGACGUAUCGUCACCUAUUAUUAAAAGAGCUGGAAACAAUCCAAGUCUAUCACGCUUUUGUAAAGACUGCCCAUAUUGGAGACUUGUCCUCGCAACAGUGGUUGGAGGGACCUAUUAAGGAGAAUAAGUUUUUGACAAAAUCUAAUUUAAUCCAUAUUAAUGUGUACUGCGCGGCGCUUAAUUUCCGUGAUGUGAUGAUAGCAUCGGGACGCAUUGCUGUUGACGCCGUUGCGAAUGACCGUCUCGCGCAGGAGUGUGUCCUGGGAUUGGAAGUCGUCGGCAGGACUAGAAAUGGUACCCGAGUGAUGGCCAUGGUAGCCAAUAAAGGCUUGUCAAACAUAGUAGAAGCAGAUCGCAGGGUUGUGUUGUUCAUCCCUGACGAGUGGACUUUCGAGGAGGCUGCCACCGUACCUACGGCUUAUGGGACUGCGUACUACGCUCUGGUAAUGGUAGGAAAGAUUCAAAAAGGAGAAUCGAUCUUGAUCCACGCCGGUUCUGGUGGUGUCGGUCAAGCCGCCAUUAAUAUUGCUCUCCACUAUGGAGCCGAAGUAUUCACGACUGUCGGUACUCAAGAGAAACGAGACUUUAUAAAAAGGCUGUUCCCUCAACUCAAAGACAGUCACAUUGGUAAUUCUCGUGAUACAUCUUUCGAAGCCAUGAUCAAAGAACAAACAAAUGGAAAAGGAGUUGAUUUGAUUCUUAACUCUCUAUCAGAUGAAAAGCUACAGGCCUCGAUACGCUGCCUCGGAUACGGUGGUCGUUUUCUUGAGAUCGGCAAAUUUGAUGUCAACAACAACACUCUUAUCGACAUGAAUUCCUUUCGAAAUGAGAUCUCUUUCCAUGGAAUUAUGUUCGACCUCAACAUGCAUGACACCGAAUUUGCAAAGACCCUUCGAGAUCUAUUGUUUUCUGGUAUUGAAACUGGAGUUGUCCGACCGCUUACGUAUUGCACCUUCGAAAAGGAUGAAAUGGAGAAAGCAUUUAGGUACAUGGCUGCUGGCAAACAUAUUGGAAAAAUUGUAUUCAAAAUUCGUGAUGAGGAAUGUGAAGAUAAUACAGACUUCACUAAACCAUUGAUUCAGUAUAUUGACGCCGUACCAAGAUAUAACUGCGACCAAGACCUAGUGUAUAUCAUAGUAGGAGGUCUUGGAGGCUUUGGACUGGAACUCGCAGAUUGGCUCAUCUUGAGAGAAGCCAGGAAGUUAUUGCUAACAUCGAGGAAAGGAGUUAGUAAUGGUUAUCAGUCAUUACGUCUAAGAACUUGGGAGAAUUAUGGUGCAGAAGUGCGAAUUUCUACCCACGACAUUACGACAGAAAAGGGCUGCGAAGAAAUGUUGAAAAUGGCGAAUUCCAUGGGAACUGUUGCGGCUAUAUUCAAUUUAGCUGUAGUUUUGGAGGAUCGCAUCUUUCAAAAUCAAACUCCAGAAUCUUUCAAAGUAUCAUUUGCACCCAAAGCUUUGGUUACGAUGAACUUGGAUAAGCUCUCACAAAAAUUGUGUCCAAAAUUAAAAGACUUCGUGAUUUUUUCAUCGGUGUCUUGCGGUCGUGGUAAUGCUGGUCAGUCUAACUAUGGUUUCUCUAACUCCGUUAUGGAAAGGAUCUGUGAACGAAGGAAAAAACUUGGUUUGCCCGCUCUUGCUAUACAGUGGGGUGCCAUUGGAGACGUUGGUCUUGUAGCAGAUAUGCAAGAUGACGACAUUGAAAUGGAAAUCGGUGGCACUCUUCAACAGAGAAUUUCUUCCUGUCUCCUAACUCUUGAUAAACUCUUGAGACAGGAUAAUGUAAUAGUGUCCUCAAUGGUUGUGGCUCAGAAAAAAUCCAGUGACGAAGGUAUCACAAUAGCAGGAAUUGUCGGCCAAGUAUUAGGUAUUAAGGAUAUAAAGACAGUGUCAAAACAAGUAUCUCUAGCGGAUUUCGGUAUGGAUAGCAUAACGGCUGUCGAGAUCAAGCAAAUUCUUGAAAGGGAGUGCGAGAUAUUUUUAACACCAGAUGGUAUUCGAUCAUUGACAUUUGGCAGGUUAAUUGAAUUAACAACUCAAAGUGAAACAGACGAUUCAAAAACAAAAAUAGUUAGUCUAACAAGUCCUGAAGACUCAGCUGCUUUACGUGUCCUUAUAAGGAAUUUUGGUGACGAAAAGUUGGUUGAAGAACCUUUUAUAUACCUGCCAACUAUGACUAACAAUGGCAGUGAUAAUCUUUCAUCGAAUCAAGAAAAUGAAAUGAUCAUGUUCGUGUUACCGGGUGUGGAGGGUUGUGCUUCAGGAAUGGCGAACCUAUGUCGUCAACUAAAGAUUAAAGUUUGCGUACUCCAAUACUGCUAUGAUGAAAAAGACGACACCUUGGAUAAGCUGGUCGAAAAUUUGUUUCAGACGAUUAAAGAAAGAUUAAGCGCAAGCCGUCCUUACAUUCUCCUUGGAUAUAGCUUUGGUACUCUACUUGUGUUGAAAUUAGCACAAAUUUUGGAAAGUGAAGGUCAUAGUGGCAGAGUCUUUUGUAUAGAUGGCAGUCCGGAAUUUCUUAAAGAGUUAACCAUUUCUAAAUUCUUUUCCAAAAACGAUAUACAGUUACAAAAUCGCCUGAUUUGCUAUACUAUUGACAUAGUGGCUCCAAACAAUAUAGUCACGAAUACACUAAUGGAUGAACUUAAAGACAUCGAAUCAUACGAUGAGAGAAUCAAAUACGGUAUAAAAGCAUGUCCAGCUCAGGAAAUAUACUCGGAUAAAUUCUUAGAAUCGGUCACUAAAGCUUUUUAUAAUCGUGCAAAAAUAGUUCUAAGUCAAAAUGAAAUAAAGAAGAUAAAAGCGCCAAUAGUUCUCAUACGUCCGAAAGAAAUUCCAUUCAGUGGACUUAAAGAAACUUAUGGUCUGGAUGGAUUUACUGACAGCCACGUAACGGUUCAUCUUCUUGAAGAGAAUCAUAUUACUAUAAUUGACAGUAAGGAAUGUGCUGAUAUUAUAAAUAGCAAUUUAUCUGCACAAGGUGGAGAAAAGGCUUAAAAUAGUGAUAACAAAUGGAGUUAAGCUAGUAAAUUAAGUUAUAAAACUUAACAUCAAGCAAUCAUUGUACUUGAUAAAAUUUUGUUGGGGAAUUUGGUAAUAGAUUAAAUAUUAAAACGUU